CUCAUCUGGUUCCUCAUUCGUUACUCCUGUGCGCGAAUUGCGCGGCCAAAUUAAAGCAAUAUGGCGGACCGACACAACAACUUUUAAUGCGCGACAUGUAGAUUAUUUUAACCGUCGAGCUACAUUUGCCUCGGCGAGUUGCAGGUCGUAUCGCUGGCCGUGUGGAGGAAUUCGCCGAGCGGCCGUUUCGUCGCGCGCGAGUGGACAGUUACCGCUUAAUUCAGCUUCGCGCGGCAGAGUCGGGGCCUGCGAGUUUUGCCUCGGUCCCGCGAGGGCCCGCCGCGCCGAAAUUUAUUUCCGUACGGGCCACGAAUAUGCGCCCGAUCGUCCGAUCGGGUUAACCGGGGGCCCCAGUGGCGAUUCUACCGCCGUCAAUCGUCUGCCCGCGCACGGAGAAUGUCUACGCAGAACAAAGCGCGAGGUCCUGGACGACCGCCGAAGUCGAGGAACUCCGCUUGUACAUGGUGUGGCGAGACGAAGCAACCGCUGAAGUACGUCCUACCCACACAGCAUGGCAAGAAGGAGUUCUGUUCGGAGACGUGUCUGUCCGAGUCUCGCAAGACCUACGCACGGGGCGCCUGCGCCCAGUGCGACAACGUGAUCAGAGGUACACCUUUCAAGUUGGAGCAGAAGGACGGUCCGACCAAGGACUUUUGCUCUUCAUUCUGUUUAAACGCGUAUCAGAAAAAGGAGACGCAAGCAGACGCGAAGAAGAACAACAGACCGUCGUCGCCAUCUCCCGUCCCGUCUCCAGCCCCGUCUGGAUUGCCAAGCAACAAUGUACCGUCGACGCAAUCUUACCAGAGUACGAAUAAUCACACAGCCACAUCUCACUCGCCGUCAACGUCCACCGGGACGUUUCAAUACGAAGCCUUUCAGACUUUCGAUUGGAACGAAUAUUUAGGGGAAACAAAUAGCAUCCCAGCUCCACUAGAGUGCUUCAAGCAGCACGAAGUCCCGCCACAGAACGAAUUCAAGAUCAACAUGAAACUGGAGGCGUUAGAUCCACGAAACUUGACGUCGACCUGCAUCGCCACGGUAGUAGGUGUCCUUGGCGCGCGGUUGAGAUUGAGAUUGGACGGCUCUGACAACAAGAAUGAUUUCUGGCGACUGGUCGACAGCAACGAGAUACAUCCGAUAGGCCACUGCGAAAAAUCUGGCGGGAUGCUUCAGCCGCCGUUAGGCUUCCGGAUGAAUGCUUCCAGUUGGCCGAUGUUCCUUCUCAAGACACUAAACGGUGCCGAAAUGGCGCCCUCAAAAGUAUUCAAACGUGAACCAAAGACACCGCGCGCUAAUUUGUUUGAAGUCGGACACAAGCUGGAGGCGAUCGACAAGAAGAAUCCGCAACUUAUAUGCACUGCGACCGUCGGCGCUGUUAAGGACGACAUGAUACAUAUUACUUUUGACGGCUGGCGCGGUGCUUUUGAUUAUUGGUGUCGUUAUGACUCCCGGGAUAUUUUCCCCGUGGGCUGGUGCUUAAAAACUGGACACCCGUUGCAGCCACCGAGGCAAAAAGCACAGAAUAACAAGUUUAGGUCCAGAUCCACCAAUAAUGUUUUGUUAGUAAUGGCGGUCUCUGGUAGCAACACUAGUAGAGAACCCGCAGUUGCGUUAGUGAGCCCUGCUGCGAUUCCACCAGCACAGCCAGCUACAGAACCUGACACUAGCACAGCCAAUACCAAACCGCUUGAAAACGUUACACUGUAUGUCAACCAUAAAUGUUGCUGUGGUCCGUAUUUUGACAUACGAAAAGUGAAAGCCAUGCCUGCGCAAUUUGGCACUGGCCCUAUGACAAGUGUGGCAAGGGACAUUUUCCAAGCAUUUUUAAUGGCAGCCACGAAUCCCAGGCAAAUAUUAACUUUGCUGAGAAACGGCGAAGGCGAGACCAUAAAUCUGAGUAUGGGGACUCUGAAGAAACCUGCCGCUGUUAGAUUACCCGUUUUCCUAGAAGAGGAAGACUUCUACACGUACAUACGGCAGCAACUCGAGGACCUCCAUGCAUGUGAAUACAUGUUGGCCAGAAGAAAAGAACCUUGCAACAAGUGUCCCAAUACACCGCAGCUACAGGAACCGCAAUUCACUAAUGACGAGGAAACGAAUAAUACUAUAGGAGAAAAACGAAGAUGGCCAUCGGAAAGUCAGCAAAACUUACCGUCGUCUCAGAAACAGCACGUACAACAAACUACUGUACAAAGUAUGAAUAAUUCUUCAGGAUCAUCACCUACUGCAAACAAGCAAGCCCGCAAAUCUGUCCCUGAAUUAGAAGCAGCGACGUCUACUACUCAAUCUGAAACUUCUGGAAAUCGCACGCCUUCUGCCGAGCCGGCGGAAUGGACUAUUGAAGAUGUAAUACAUUAUAUCGCCAUUACGGACCCAGCGUUGGGACAACAUGCAGAUUUGUUUAGGAAACAUGAAAUUGAUGGCAAAGCCUUACUUCUUCUCAAUAGUGACAUGAUGAUGAAGUAUAUGGGACUAAAACUCGGGCCAGCACUUAAGAUUUGUAAUUUGGUAAACCGUAUUAAAGGUAGAAGGCAUAUGCUUAUGUGAUUUUCCCAGAUAUGAUAAAUACUUGUAUAGAGAUCUAAAAUAUGCACUUUAUGCAUUUCGAUCGAAUCAGUUUUACGUUUCAAUAAUAAAAAUAAAUUAAUAUAUAGGUUGUUGACAAUGAGAGAUAAUGUGAAUACACAUAAACAAUUUAUUAGUUUCUGAGUUUAUAUAUAUAUCCAUAAUUUUAAAGUUUAGAUUAGCAAAACUUAAAAGCUUAAUCAAUUUUUUAACAUGUCAAAACAUUGUUUUAUUAUUUUGGAAGAAGUAUAAAUUCUUAGUUGUAAAGCAAGUAUUUUUGUUAAUAAACUUACCAUUUCCCUACAAGUAUUAGAUUAGCCUAAUUCGAUUCCAUGUAUUAGAUAAGUAGUGAUAAAUAUAAUAAAUAUUAUAUAGUUCUUAUGUACACAUAAAUAUGCUCACAAAAGAUAAUGACAUUUCACAUGUAAAUAUAGUCAUGUCGUAUGUUAUUUUGCAGUACCAUGAAAUACAUAUAUUGUAAACGAGA